AUGAAUGCUGAGAAGCUUAAACAACUUCAGAACCAAGUAAAAGACAUUCGUAUUGGUGGCAAGGGAACCGCCAGGAGAAAAAAGAAGGUUGUCCACCGUACUGCCACCACUGAUGAUAAGAAGCUUCAGAGUUCCCUUAAAAAAUUAACUGUGAGCAAUAUCUCUGGAAUUGAAGAGGUAAACAUGAUCAAAGAAGAUGGCCAAGUCAUUCAUUUCAAUAAUCCUAAAGUUCAAGCUUCUUUGACAGCUAAUACUUUUGCUAUUACUGGCCAUGCAGAAACAAAGCAAAUAGCUGAGAUGCUACCUGGCAUUUUAAACCAGCUUGGAGCUGAAAGUUUGAAUAGUCUGAAGAAGCUAGCUAACAGUGUUACUGGAGCUGGUGGAGAUUCUGGUAAACCUUCAACAGAAGACAUUGAUGCAGAUGAUGAUGAAGUUCCAGAUCUUGUUGAAAAUUUUGAUGAACCAUCCAGAGGUGAAGGUGUUUGA